ACUGUUAAAAGCUUAAUACGAUCAAAAGGAGAUUUAGUUUCACAUCAACACUCAAAGCAAACGGAUCAAUUGACACACGCGACUUAACGAAAAUUUGAAGUACUUUUAGAAGGCACUAAAGUCUUUAAAGUAUAUAAGGUAAGUAAGAAUCCAUAAAUUAACCUACAACCUUUUUAAAAAUUUAGCAAAUUUUUGGAAGAAAAAAAUAUAUUUUAAAAAGAGUUGAAUAUUAUUCUGUACUUUUGGCUACAGUACAGCAUGCCAGCUGCAGAAACGUCAAGUUUUUCAAUAUUUUUCACGCAUGUAGUUCAAACACAAACCACGGCAGCUUAUUUAAGAAUACCACCUACACUGGACCUCCACGUUUGAGAUAUUCAUAUUUAAACUAUGGAAUGAGGCAAAAUAAACCUAGCCACUUAACCUUAUGAGAGUUAACGUAUUUUUUUAUGUUAAGAAGAUAAUACAAUUACAUUCCUAAGUUUCGUUAUGCCAGAUUUAAAUUCUACAGCGCCUGAAUCAGCCUGGUCUGUAAUGUGGGGCUUGCUUUGUUUUCGAAAAUUUUGCAAAUUUCUGUAAAGUUUACACAAGCAAGCGUUGCAAGGAAAUUUUGAAUAACGUAACUUGGCAACGAAUAAACAACUGUAAAUACAGUUGUUGGUAAUGUCAACAAUAAAUGUUUGUUUACAUAGUCAUAGACAUAGUCAUUUAUCCCAAAGUGCUGUAUAUUACCAAAUUAACCGAAAUAUUUCAGUAGUUUCAAGAUGGCCAGCAUUGAACCAGUGACAGAGCAGCCUGAACCAGUGAUAGAGCAGCCUGAAGAAGCCGUGGUAGAUGUUGCCCCACCUACUGAGGGGGUGCCACCCUCUGCAUCAGGGGCAUGGAGCUCUGGUCUGUGUGGCUGCUGUGGUGACAUGGGCUCAUGUAAGUACUUUAUAUAGUUUCAAUAUGUAAUAAUUAGUACUAGAUGGAGAGGGGGUGCCACCCACUGCAUCAGGGGCAUGGGAGCUCUGGACCGUAUGUAGAUGUAAAUGUUGUUCAUGUGGAUGUUGGCCCACCUACCAAGUGGGGGGGGGGGGCGAUUCCCACCCUCUACAUCAGGGUCAUUCGGAAUACAGAUUCAUUGUAAGAAAACUGCUUUAAAAAAGUGCUUUAAAAUGGGUUUUACUACAAAUAUUCCUAAUAUUUUAUUGACCAACUUUUAUUUGAACCCAUUAAGUUGCAUCGUGCCCCAAUGCGCUCGGCCUUGUUAUUUUACUAACACCAGACGAUUUUAUUCAUCAGGAGUAGAGUGCUGGCGCUCAAUGGGUUAAAUUCAGCUAAAUAUAUCUGCGUUUUAUUCUGAAUCAACUCUAGGUUGUCUUGGCACAUUUUGUACACCGAUACUUGCUUUUACUCUGAGCAGUAAAAUGAAUGAAUGUUGUUGUGCUGGAUGCAUCGGAGCAGCGUCACUCAGAACAAAACAUCGUAUACAACAUAAAAUACAGGUAUGAUGCACAAGUAAUUUAAACUCAGUGUUGUCAAGUAAAUGUACUUCGUUACUGUACUUGAGUACUAUUUUUGAGAAGUCAGCAUGUAACAAAGUAAACUUUUUCUGGAGUACUUUUACUUGGAACGAAGUCGUUUUAAGAAGUAACGUUUUACUUCGUUAUUUUCAUUUUGUGGCGAAGUAUUUCGUUACUUUCUAACUUUUGUUUAAUUUUACGUGAUUUAUUCCAGAUAUAUUUUAAUUUUGCGAUAGUUAAUAGGACCCCUACAUGCGUCUGAGAUAUCUCGUUUGUGGCUUACUAUUUAUGUAUUGGAUUUCGUAUAUCUUCAACGGGGCCUGGAAAAUAGACCAGGACGUGAAAUAUUGUAUAUUAGGUGCACGCAUAUGAUGCAUUAUGGGGAAGCCCCCCCCCCCAUUCUGUGACGCCACAGACAAUACUGUCAGUUUUACUUUUUCCUUCAAGUAUUUUUUUAAGUCUUUUAAGGAUACUUUGUACUUUGUACUUAAGGGGGUCUUCCACCCUAAAAACAUUUUUUUCAAUUUAAAAGUUUUAUCAUCGUAUUUUAGUCAAAUAUGAUGGAAUAUCCUCAGCUGACGCAGGAUCAGUAACUUUUACAUUCGUCGUUGCCAUAGUAACUAAGAUAGGCCUCGCUAUAGGGUAAAAUAUAGGGUUUGCUCCAAAAAUUAUGUGAGCCAAACUAAUUUACCGAGGAUUUUAGAAACAGCUUUAAUGGACACUUAAUACAUCGAUCUAUGUCAUGAACCUAAAAAAAUAUACAAGUAAUAUAAUAAGGCCUUCAUAUUUUACUUUUUUAAAAUUAUAUGAAGAAAGGAGUUCUUAUGAGGCUACUCUUGCAAUGUAUAUUGCUGAUAUAUGAAGUUUUUUAGGUCCAUGACAUGGCUAUGUAACAAGCAAAUAAACUCUGAAAAUUUCGAACGAAUUGAUUCAGUAUGAACAGUAGGAGAGUUUAUAGUAUUUCGCAAAAUGCUCGAUCGUGUGAGAAAAGCGAUUUUAAAGUUUUGCAUAUAUUAGAAUAACUUAGAUAGAACAAUAUAAUUGAAAAUGGAACAAUAGACUAAACCAAUCGCAUAUCUUUAUCGCUCCGGGUAAAAUCGUGGUUUUACCCUACGAAGGUGUAGAAUUUGCUGGAUUUCUCUGGUUUACGGCACAUUUUCGUUCUUAAAAUUACACCGAUUUUAUAAAGAACGCUAUAAAGACUACAUUUUUACGUUUUUCUAAAAAAUAACGAAUAUUGGAAAAUUUGGGUGGAAGACCACCUUAAGUACGUUUUGCCUCCAGGGGCCGGUUGUAUAAAGCUCUUAAUCGCUUUUUUAAUCACUAUUUUGUAGUGAUGAAUUUUCAUCACGUAUCACGGGUAAAAAUUGAUCAGGUUGUUCGGCGUUGUUCAAACAGGAGUGAACAAUGUUGUGCUGCACCCCGUGAACAAUAUUGUUAACAAGUUGUUCAACCAUCAGUACUGUUGCAAGUUGUUAACAUGAUUGUCAACAAGUUGCAACAAUGUUGAUGGUUCAACAACUUGUUAACAAUAUUGUUCACGGGGUGCAGCACAACAUUGUUCGCUCCUGUUUUGAACAACUUGCAUCAACAUGAUGAUUUUUACGCGUGUAGUUAAUUCGGUUGUAUAAAAAAGUGGUUAGCGUUAACUGUAGUUAAAACGUAGUUAAAGUUAACGAUGCUUUAAAGGGCAUCGUUAACUUGUAUAUAGGAGGAAACAACAUUUUUCAGUAAAACAACAAUGAAAAGUAAUUCUUACCUUGGAUUAUCCAUCGCUGUCUUCCCUGUGAAUGUUUUCUGACAAUAUAAAACUCUUCAAACGCUAUCGCUUUGGUUUUUCGUCGAAAACAAAAUAUAUUUUUGCACGGGAAGAUUUCUUGAAGACGACGUAGGGCCCAUUGCACGAAGAAACAUGUUAUAUAAUUGCCAAACAGUUACACUUCGGUUUAACGUAGAUAUCUCAAGUAAAAAUGGCCUUCUUCGUUGAUUUUUUCCUUGUUUCCUAGUUUAUUUUUUACUGUUUUGAAUAAAAAAUGGUUCCCGCCUAUUUGCAAAAUGCGAGUCCAUAAUCGUGUUAAAAAUGCUUGUCAGCGGUCGUUAAUCGCCGCUUACUUUAUGUAAUUUUGUGUUUAAAACGCCCCACGCAAGUUAACUACGUGAUUAGUUAAUCAUCCUACAAACUACGUUUUGUGCAAGUCGUGUAGUUAACUAAUCAUAGUUAAGGAUUUAACUACAGUGAUUAACGCUAAUCAUAGUUAAAGUUAACGACGUUUUUAUACAACCGGCCCCAGUACUUUUUACUCUUACUCAAGUCGUUUUAUUGUUAAUUACUCCUACUUUUACUCGGGUACAAAUUCAAAGUAAUAUAGCAUAUCAAAAUACUGUUUUGUGAACAUCUCCCUUUAAUAACAAAAACUGCAAUGGACACCUAUAGUGGCAGCAAAAGUUAGGCAGAUAAGAUGAGAGGCUGCCUUAGAUGCAUAGCAGCCAUUGUGUUAUUGAAACACCCGCUACAUUUCUACAUCUAAGUCGGUAAAAAUAGACUAUAUAAUACAAUAAAUAAAACGAAAUAAAUUACCGAAUACUGUAAAAUGCCUAACACUAGACAUUCAAUGUACACACGUAAAAUUGUCAACAAGUAGUUAACCUAGGCCAGUGUACCCUACACACGCAGGAAUCUCACAUCUUGUAGCAAGUUUGCCAACAAGUCGUCAACAAGCUGUGCUCGCACUGCUUGUCCCAAGUUGUCAACAAGUUCUUAACAACUUGUAACAACCUUGUUGAUAUUAUCAGACUUGUUGCAAGGUCGUUCCAACAAGUCCUAUACAGUGAUAUAAUAAUAUUGUUACAACCUUGUGUCGUCAACCUUGUGACAUUCUUGUUAUAUCAUGACUGUAUCAGACUUGUUAGAACAAACAUGUAACAAGUCUGAUAAUGCCAUCAUUCCAUCAAGCUUGUUCCAAGUUGUUAACAGCUUGUCCCAAACUUGUUACAACAACUAGCAGAACACAACUUGUCGACAGCUUGUGAACAGAUUUGUAUAUUAACAACUUGUUUGCAGACCUGUAACAACUUGUGCGUUUUACGUGUGUACCAACAAAACUAUGUUUCAUACUUUCAGGGUUCCGUCUGCACAGAUAACCUCUUAAGCUGUAUAUUUCUUCCAUGUGCCCUGUGCCAACUUGCACGUGAUUUGAAGACGAGAUAACCAUCCAGUCACAUUUUAAGAGCAGAAGAUGCUGUCCCAUGGCUGUUUUAUAACCAAGAGUGUGUUAGUGCGAAAGUGCUUGACUUCUAUAUAUGUAUUUAUGUAACUGUAAUAUUAUAUAAAAAAAUCAUAGUUUGUAUAAGGUAACCUGUCUGUCAACUGGUAUUUAUACACAAGCAACUGGUCAUUUCACAAGUUGUUUAUAACAUGCGAGUUCAUGUCGUAAUGACUACCUCUCACUGGCUUAGUACGCAUCUGAUUGGUUAAUCGAAUAUUUGAAACGCAUCUGAUUGGUUAAUUGGAUAUAUGAAACGCAUCUGAUUGGUUAAUCGGAUAUAUGAAAGGCAUCUGAUUGGUUAAUCGGAUAUAUGAAACGCAUCUGAUUGGUUAAUCGGAUAUAUGAAAGGCAUCUGAUUGGUUAAUCGGAUAUAUGACAGGCAUCUGAUUGGUUAAUCGGAUAUUUGAAACGCAUCUGAUUGGUUAAUCGGAUAUAUGAAACGCAUCUGAUUGGUUAAUCGGAUAUAUGAAAGGCAUCUGAUUGGUUAAUCGGAUAUAUGAAACGCAUCUGAUUGGUUAAUCGGAUAUAUGAAAGGCAUCUGAUUGGUUAAUCGGAUAUAUGAAACGCAUCUGAUUGGUUAAUCGGAUAUAUGAAACGCAUCUGAUUGGUUAAUCGGAUAUAUGAAAGGCAUCUGAUUGGUUAAUCGGAUAUAUGAAAGGCAUCUGAUUGGUUAAUCGGAUAUAUGACAGGCAUCUGAUUGGUUAAUCGGAUAUUUGAAACGCAUCUGAUUGGUUAAUCGGAUAUAUGAAACGCAUCUGAUUGGUUAAUCGGAUAUAUGACAGGCAUCUGAUUGGUUAAUCGGAUAUUUGAAACGCAUCUGAUUGGUUAAUCGGACAUAUGAAAGGCAUCUGAUUGGUUGAGAGAAUCUUUUGUAUGUUACGUAACAAACGCUCAAAACUAAUGAAUAUACUUCGGCCACUUCGUUAUGAUUAUAUUCAAUUUUUUUGAUAUGUUUCUCAAGCGGCAAACAGACUUAAAAAGUAUGUUCAGUGCUUUAUCUGUAAAAUAAUGCUAAAAUGAAGAGAUUUUAGAUGAUACGCCAAAGAGAAAAUGAUGUCUGAAGUUCAGUAAGUUUCGCUUAUCUUGCUGUAUAAAUAUGGCGUCAAUUUUACGGCAUCGAUGAUGAUUGUAUAAAAAUUGACAAUAUGUAACUAUUAUUUUGUGUUUCUCAACCGCCAGAUACAUCCAAAAAUUUAGAAGAUAGCUUAACUGUGUAAACUACCAGGUGCCCAAAAAAAACACUGGACACUGUUUGAUUUCAUGUAACGUAAAAGCUAUAAAAGCUAUCGCAAUGAAAUAAAGAUUGUUGCAUUCAGAAAGGACUAACUUAGAUUUUGAUAUAUAACACUUGAAUUUACAUGCAAUAUUGACUGCGCUAUUGAUGUUCGAACGUUGAACUACUGUUUUUGAAAAUGCCAAAAAUUAGCAUAAAACAACCUUAUAAUUACCGAUGUAGUUAUACUUGUUAAAUAAUAAAUAUUUUUAUUUUGGUUGUAUCUCGCUCAAUAUUGCAUGUAAAUUCAACAAAGUAACUUUGAAAGGAACAAAAAUUGCCUGUAAUAGUCCCUUAAUGGUAGCAAUUGUAGAAGUCAAAUUUGAACCUCUCUAUUAGAGAGUUUUAAGCAAGUGACAAGAAGGAGACACAAAAAUGCAAAAACGUUUUCCUUAGCAUAGUAAAAAUCCAAAAUCUGAAACUUGGAAAAAUGAAAUUUCAGUAACACCGUUCUAAACUUUCGUUGGCCGUAUUUUGAGCUGGAUGAAUUGAGGCCCCCAGCUUCCCCAGUUAGGUUUGGUAGGAAGAACAUAGGCACAGUAUCCAUACCACCAGCCCACGCGCCUCUCCCCGGCACAAUUCGCUGGUGAGGUAUCUAGAUCUUUGUCUGGUGUGGAGAACCUCUUGUUGUUGUGAUGAUUCAGGGAUGAACCUCCGUUGCCUGUGUAAGAAGCUGCGUUGAAUGAGAGACGAUAGCCAUUUUCCUUGUCUGCAAUCUGCAAU